CCCAUCCUAACCUUUGAGUUGAAUAAUUAUGGAAUGGGUUUGUAAACUCGUGAAGUCAGACAAUCUGUAUGUAUUUAUUCUAUAUCUUACUUUAAAUAUGAUUAUAACCCUGUAUCUUAUAUUUCUACUUCAGUUGCAGUAUUCUAUUUAAUUGAGUGCAUCAUAUUUAGUGUGUAUGAGUGUACUCCAGAGAGGAGCACUACAUCAGGUACUGAAUUAGUGCUUGAACUUCGGGUCAAUAUGUUCUUUGAAUUUGGCAUUUUUUCUCUUGCUGACAUUUUUUAGUUUUGUUCAUGAGGUCUUGAAUUAUUUUUGAUGCACCUUUGGGGGAUGAUGACAGAAUCAUGUCCUUGUGUGUGUAACCGGUGGACUUUGGUAUUCUCUGCGUUGUGUGUUGAUUAAUACGCUGCAGGCCAUUAAUGUCUUUGGAGGCGAUCUCCGUUUAUUUCUGACGGCGAAAAGGGGAACAACAAAAUCCUUUCGUCAAUCACACUUGUGUACUUCAAGCCUCUACGCAAAUCAAACAACACAGGAAUAUGUUAGAAUAUGACACAGCGAGUCAAAGCUGUAACACAAAUUCCAUAAACCUAGCUUCACAGCGGAAGUUACUACAACCACAAUGUGGCUUACCUCUCCCAUGUAGUACAACAGCAAAAGGGCAGAGGUAGCGUGGGAAACACCCCUUUAUAGGAGGGUAACCCCCAAAAGUGGACGUAGGGGUACAUGAGUUGAGUCUCACUAGUUCCUCAUGUCAGGUUAAAACACAGAUUUUGGGUAAUUAUAACACUGAAUAUGACUGAAUAUUACUGCUAUAAUCACAUGUACAUAAUGACAACAACGUUUUGGAAUGAAUAUGUAUAGCAAUAUACAUCUGAUAUCAUAGUUUAAAUGUUCCAAUGUCCUUAGGUUUUAUUUUAGCUUCAGUGUUUUUAGAGUGUACUGUGCAAUAUGGGGAACAUGUUCUCAGAAAAGGACAUCACUUAACUGAAAUGCAGCCUAACAGCACUGACAUCCAGCAUCCAAGAGAUAGUCUGCUCUGAUCACCAUGUAUGAGCGUUCAUGGCUUCAUUAUUGCACACGUAAAGCCACUAUAUUUACUAACGCACCGGCCAACUAAUAAAUCCACUCAUCUCUCGAGCUGCAGGCCGUCCGCCCGGGCAGCGGGUCAGUAAACCCACCAUUCAACGUUGUUGGGAGGCCGGCGUUUAUAUGUGUGACUGUAAUACAGCUGCCACUCCCGUUCACUUUCACUUCACCAGAAACGUACUGCGCCCGCUGUACUUGUCUCCCGCGCGCUCUACACUGCACGCACCACACAGGUAUCUCCCCGCCCCGUCUCUCUCCUGAAGGGAUGGACUUCCCUAGCCCGCAGUAUGCUACUGUUACAGUAUAUAGUACAGUGAAGCGUCGGCUGCCAUUAAACGUUUGUGGAGUUUUAUUUUAGUUGGUAUUUUAUUUUUUGACCAAGAGAUGCUGAUUUGAAUCCGUUGUUACGAAAAGUUACGGUAGUUCUUGUUUCGGCUGGAGAGAGUUUACCGCUGUAUUCACCCUCCACCGGGAAGAAGGGAGGAAGGGAGGCUCGUUCAGCUGCGAGGGAGACUACAGACGGAGUUCCGUCCAUCACGGAGUGGGAGUGGGCAGGUUGUGGUUUGGAAUUGGACCAGAGUUUCAGGAAAAGACUCAAAGUGAAGUGAGUGUUCAGCCAUACUCCGAGAACUCAUGGCUUCCAGAUUACAGGAAGAUCUCAGCUGUCAGAAGUCUCUGCAGCCCUUCCAGGAGAAACUGAAGCUCUUUGAAGAACUUAAAGUGAAGUUUGAUCAGACAGCAGGACACAUGGCGGUCCAGGCCCGACGCACAGAGCUGCAGAUUAAGGAGCAGUUUAAGAAGCUUCACCAGUUUCUAGAAGAGGAAGAGGAGGCCAGGAUGGCUGCACUGAGGGAGGAAGAGGAGCAGAAGAGGAGGAUGAUGGAGGAGAAGAUGGAGGCUGUGAGCAGAGAGAUAGCAGCUCUUUCACUCACAGUCAGAGCCACAGAGGAGGAGCUGAGAGCUGAAGACGUCUCCUUCAUGCUCAACUACAAGGCUGCAGUGGAGAGGCUGCAGCGCCCCCUGCUGGAGGAUCCACAGCUGCCCUCAGGGGUUCUGAUAGACCAGGCCAAACACCUGGGCAACCUCAGCUUCAACAUCUGGAGCAAGAUGAAGGACAUGGUGUCCUACUCUCCUCUCAUCCUGGACCCAAACACUGCUGAUCCAUACCUCAUCCUGUCUGAAGAUCUGACCAGAGUGACACGAGGAGGGAGACAGGAACUUCCUGAUAAUCCAGAGAGGCUGGGUUAUUACGGCUCUGUCCUGGGCUCUGAGGGCUUUAACUCAGGGACUCACAGCUGGGACGUCCAGGUUGGAGACAAUCAAGACUGGGAACUUGGUGUGUUACCAGAGUCUGUCCAGAGGAAGGGAGACAUAUCACCUGGAUCAUGGAAAAUAUGGAUCGACUUGUAUGGUCAAUACACAGCAUCCUCCCCCUCAGAUCAGGACACUGAUCUCCCCCUGCAGAAGGAGCUCCAGAGGGUCAGAGUGAGUCUGGACUGGAGCAGAGGAAAGCUGUCCUUCUCUGAUCCUGACACUAACACACAUAUACACACCUUCACACACACUUUCACUGAGAGGAUGUUUCCGUACUUUUACACUACGGAGGAACUGAAGGUGUUACCACUGAAGGUCUGUGUGGAUGUGGAACAGCAGGAUUAGAUCUGGGAUGAAAAGAAAACCACAUAUGUUUCCAGGUGGGAACAAAUAAAUGUAUACUUAAAAGGAAAUCACAUAAAUGUAAAAGAGUUAACAUCUGAAUAUAGUAAUGACAUCAAACCGCGGGUCACCUGGAGAUAACAUGUUUGAGAAACGUAGGAGAGCUUUUCAAAAUCUGUGGUGUGUGUUCUUUCAGCUUAAAGACAUUCUCUGUACAUUAAAGUUCCUGGAAUAAAGAAUUGGCUCAUCGUAAA